CUUAGAAUGCGUUUGGUAUACAAUUAUGUGAAUCAAGCACAAUAAGUGCUUAUAAUUCAACUUUUCCUAGCUCAGGAAAUGGAUCCAUGUGUUUGAUAUUGCGACACAGAACAUGAGGUACUUGAAAAGGUUCCCAUUAGUCCCAACAGGGGUGACCAAGUUCUUGGCAACAAUUUAUCAUCCCAAAGUUCAACUCCAUACCCACCUCAAACCACCAAAAGCAAACCAAACCCUUAAAAGUUACAUUAACUCCAAUUGCGCCACCAAGGCCUUACUGUUUUUCAGAGACCUUUUGAGAAAAAUUCCUUCUACAAUUGAUAGCUUUUCUUUCUUGUUUGUCCUCAAAGCUUCCACCCAGAAGCAUUACGCAAUCGAAGGAAAACAAUUGCAUGCGCUCAUCAUAAAAUUUGGCUUCGAAUCCGUCGUUUACCUCCAAACGUCUCUUAUAAAUAUGUAUUCAGCAAGGGGGAAUCUGUUGGAUGCACACCAUGUGUUUGAUGAAAUACCCUGUAAAAAUAUAGUCUGCUGGACGACCUUGAUCUCUGCCAACGUUGACAACAAGAAGCCUAAAAUAGCUCUCCUGCUAUUCAGGCAGAUGCAGAUGGACAAUGUGGAACCUGAUAAUGUCACGAUCACUGUUGCUCUCUCUGCCUGUGCUGACAUUGGUGCAUUGGAGAUGGGAGAGUGGAUUCAUACUUACGUUCAUCAUAAAAAGGGGCUCUAUAUAGAUUUAUCCUUGAACAAUGCUCUCAUUAACAUGUACGUAAAAUGUGGGGACAUUGUGACUGGGAGGAGAAUUUUUGACAGCAUGGAAAAAAAGGAUGUCACAAGUUGGACAUCUAUGAUUGUGGGGCAUGCGCUUCACGGACAAGCAGAAGAAGCUCUUAAACUUUUUGCUGACAUGAGAGGAGCAAACAAGAACAUUCGGAAGAAAAAGAGGAAUGGUGAUCGUGGGAGUUCUUUAAUUGUCCCAAAUGACGUUACAUUCAUUGGCGUUCUAAUGGCUUGCAGCCAUGCAGGAAUGGUGGAGGAAGGGAAGCAACAUUUCAAAAGCAUGAGGGAGGAGUAUGGUUUAAAGCCUAGAGAGUCUCACUUUGGCUGCAUGGUGGAUCUUUUCUGCCGAGCUGGACUCCUAAAUGAAGCUUAUAACUUCAUUUUGGAGAUGCCAGUGCAGGCAAAUGCAGUGGUUUGGAGGACAUUUUUAGGUGCAUGCUGCCUCAAGGGAAACAUCGAGCUUGCUGCCGAAGUCCGAAGUAGGCUGCUUGAGUUGGAUCCUGGCCAUGCGGGUGAUUAUGUUGCCAUGUCCAAUAUUUAUGCUGCUAAAGGCAUGUGGGAUAAGAAAAUUGUUGUUAGAGAUCAGAUAAAACAGCGAAAGGCUCCUGGUUGCAGCUCAAUUGAGGUGGGAACUGGAAUAAGUGAAUUUGUUGCUGCAGAUGAAGAUCAUCCUCUAAGGUCUGAGUUAUAUGUGGUUCUCAAGAACUUACUUAUCAAUAUGAAAGCUUCUGGGUACUCGCCGGAGCUUUCAAGCUUAACAGAGUACUGAUCAAGAAAUUUCAUGGAAAUGCGGCAUGAAAAUGUAAACUAUUGACAUUAAUCAUUAUCAUGUCAGCAUGGUGAAAUAGUACUGGGAUAAGUGUAAUUUGUAUCAUUACUCUUCAAAGUCUAUUAGGAUAAUUCAUAAACUUCAAAACAUACA